GAAAGAGUUCAUCAGGGAAAGAAAGUCAAUAAAUGCAAUCAAUGUUUUAAGGUCUUCAGCACAAAAUCUAACCUUACUCAGCACAAGAGAAUUCAUACUGGAGAAAAACCAUAUGACUGUACUCAGUGUGGAAAAUCCUUCCGAAGCAAAUCUUAUCUUAGUGUUCACAGAAGAAUCCACAAUGGGGAAAAACCUUUUGAAUGCAACCACUGUGGGAAAGCAUUUAAUGAUCCCUCAUCCCUCAGACUUCAUGUAAGAAUUCACACUGGGGAAAAGCCCUAUGAGUGCAACCAGUGUUUUCAUGUCUUUCGUACCAGUUGUAACCUCAAAAGCCACAGAAGAAUUCACACAGGGGGAGAAAAUCACCAUGAAUGUACUCAGUGUGGAAAGGCCUUCAGUACAAGGUCCUCACUCACUGGACAUAAUAGCAUUCAUACUGGAGAAAAACCAUUUGAGUGCCAGGACUAUGGGAAAACCUUCAGGAAGAGCUCAUAUCUAACCCAACACUUAAGAACUCACACUGGAGAGAAGCCCUAUGAAUGUAAUGAAUGUGGGAAAUCCUUCAGCAGUAGUUUUUCUCUAACUGUACACAAGAGAAUACAUACUGGAGAGAAACCAUAUGAAUGCAGUCACUGUGGAAAAGCUUUUAAUAAUCUCUCAGCCGUGAAGAAGCACUUAAUGACUCAUACUGGACAAACUUCCAAUGGAUGUGACCAUUGUGGAAAAUAUUUCACCAGUAACUCCUACCUCUCUGUGCACAAAAGAGUACAUAAUAGGUGGAUAUGA